CAUCGUGGAUAUCAGCUGUGCAAAUUGCAAUAAUGACAGAUACGUGUUGUUGUGAAUGAACAAGAAUGGAGUUAUUUCAAACUGAAAAUCAUUACAUAAUCCACAAUGGAGACCACAGUUUGUGGUGUGACAGGUCUUCGGGGAGUCUGGAGGCGAAAUCAAGUCAUGACCUCUGCUCUGCGUGGAACCCCAUCUGUAUUGGACGGAUAUAUGGCGUCAUCGGCAAACUCAAGAUCCACCCAGAGUCGGAGUGGAAGCUGUUGUUGAUCCGACAGCGCACCCUGGUGGGAACUCUGGCCAAGGAGCACAGCAUCUACAAGAUCAACAAGAUCGCUGUCUUGUCUCUGUCCAACACCGACCCCACUGACCUUGACCUGGAACUCUGUAAGAAACAUCAUUUUGGAAUCAAGAAGCCAGAGCGGAUCACGCAGGCUGGGGACGACCAGACACUCUCACUACAGAAAACAUGGAACACCAUCAAGUCAGCUGCAGAAAAUGUCAAAAUAAAAAAGGGCGGACUACAAUUUGUAGUUAAAGAUGUCAAAGACAAGGAGAAGUUCGAGAGAAGAAUUAUAGAGGAGCUCCUGAAGAUGUACAACGGCUCCGACUUCUUCUACUACAGCGACACCUACGACCUCACCAACUCCUUACAGCGGCAGCAUGCAGAGACCUACGACAAGACAGCGCCACUGUGGCGGAGAGUUGAUGAUCGAUUCUUUUGGAACAAGCAUAUGCUUCAGGAGCUGAUGGACACGGAGGAGGCUCAGGCCGAUCCAUGGAUCCUACCCAUCAUCCAGGGAUUCGUGCAGAUGGAGCGGUGCAAGAUGGACUUUGACGAGAACAAGAAGAAGAUGUCCUCAGACUCCGUCACUGACUACGGCAACACCAAGCACAUUGAGCCACUCGGCUACGACAUCUACAUCGUCUCCCGCCGCAGCAGGCACAGAGCAGGCACACGGUCCAAGAAAAGAGGAAUAGACAAGACAGGUGCCUGUGCCAAUUAUGUUGAAACGGAACAAAUCAUAGAGUUCUCCCCCCACCUGGUGUCGUUUGUGCAAGUGCGUGGAUCUAUACCUGUGUACUGGUCCCAGUCCGGCUUCAAGUAUCGCCCUCCUCCAAGACUUGACAAAGGAGAGGAGGAGACACAUGGCGCCUUCGUCACCCACUUCGAGGAGCAGCUCAAUGUGUACAGCAGAGUGGUCAUCCUCUCACUGGCCGAACUCUCCGGGAAGGAGACCGUCAUCGGUGACAAGUACCUGAGUCACAUUCUCGGAUAUAACUCCCCUGAACUCACGUAUGUCACCUUUGACUUCCACGAAUACUGUCGUGGAAUGAGGUUUGAGAACGUCUCCAUCUUGACUGACGGCAUUCGUGACAUCAUCAAGGAUCAGAGAUACUGCUGGGUGGACAACAAGGGUCUUAUCUGUGAGCAGCGAGGGGUCUUCCGCAUCAACUGUGUUGACUGUCUGGACAGGACAAACGUUGUGCAGACAGCCAUUGCAAGAAUCGUUAUGGAAACACAGUUUCGAAAACUUGGUCUCCUUCCCCCAGAGGAGAUUCUGCCAACAAGUUGCCGCCUCACCUACCAACAGUUGUGGGCAAACAAUGGGGAUGUAAUUAGUCGUCAGUACGCCGGUACCGCUGCACUCAAGGGCGACUUCACCCGGACUGGGGAAAGGAAGUUUUCAGGGUUGAUGAAAGAUGGCAUGAAUUCAGCUAACAGGUACUACUUGAGGUUCAAGGAUGCACAUCGCCAGGCAGCCAUUGAUCUGACCCUGGGGCAGCCGGUGUCGGAGGAGGUCCUGAAUCUCAACACCAAGAGUGAUGCGGAGGAGGAGGAGGACACGCAGGAGCUGCUGGAGAAGGAGGAGAACGUCAAGAUGCUGAUCGAGGACACUAAGAAGAUGCUCAUCAUUGAGCCAGAGCAGUGUCUCGGGGGAUGGAGUCUCAUCAACGCUGAUCCCGUUGAAGGAGACCCCGACAAACAGGAGAUGGACAUCAUCUUGCUGCUGACACAGAGGGCUGUCUACAUCGGAUGGUAUGAUGACGAGGAGGAACAGGUCACACAGUACCAGAGGAUCUUCCUGGAGGACCUCGAGAAGAUAGAAAUAGGCCAAGAGCCGUCUGUGUUUAAAUCUCGCUUCGUGUGCAUGCGCAUCCACUAUCGGCACUUCGCUGAGGAGGGCUUCUUCCACACAUUCCGAGCCCCAAGCACCCGCCUGUUCAACAACGUGGUGGUUCCCGUGAAAGACAAGGAAGAGGCUAGAGAGUCUCUGAAGGCAGUAUGUCAGGCAUUCGUAGCAGCCCAGGAGAUCCUGUCACUGGAGCUGGAGGUAUCUGACAAGCCGAAGCUGGAGAGAAAGAAGACGUGUGCUCACCCCGAGAUUCAGGACAUCCACAAACAGCAGCAGGAGAACUCACUGGCUGGAAUCCGCCUCCCACGCGACAUCUCCUCUGAUGUCAUGACCACCAGCCCCAACACAGAUGAAGCACAUCCCGCCAGGGAGGAUGGAGAAGAGGUUUGGACACCCAUGAACUCAGACACUCACACAACCCAGGAGAAAAUCUCCCCGGGACAGAGGAUCAAGAACAUGAACUUCCUCCCUGCUGCUCUCAGGGGACCUUUCUCGAAACCGUCCUCGUCUAAAAACUCAAAUCCAAUAAAGAUUUCCCUACCUAAGAUGACUUUCCAAAGUCUGAAUCCAGUCAAGAUGGUCAAAAAUGGUCCUGCAGGAAAGGUUGCAAUAAAGUUCUCUAAAAUGUUGGAUUUCAUGGAUAAGGAUCAUACUGACGGAGAGGUGACGAUUAUUGACGGUGACACUAAACCACAGCCGAUACCUAGAGUGACUGAUACUGGAACACGGUCAGGUUCCUUGGAGGCAGAGAAUGAUGUUGUUUUGGGUAGCUGUGGGAUCCUAGCCACCAGCCCUAGCAAUAUACUGAUUACAUCUUCCAGCUCAGGUGACAAGCAGCAUAGACAGGCUUCCAGUACUAGGCCCGUGUCUAACAUAGAGACCUCAGGUUCUUCUCAGCAUACUACAGAGGAGGCAAUCUCUGAAGCAUCUCAGCCCCAGGAGUCUGCUGCAGGGCAAGUGGGUGCUGUGGAGGUUGAAGUGUUUGAUAUGGACCUCCAACACACCACAGACCCUAACCAAGAGGACAAUUUAUCUCUGCCAACAGACAUACACACCAAUGGACUACCUCAGACGUCACAGGUGCCUACGGAUCACAACGACAUCGCUGAAGAACUUCACGAGGAUCACUUUACCAAAAUACCUCCUGAUUUGGACAAUGACCUUGACCAAGAUGAACUGAAAACUGUCCUGGACCGGCCGAAUCAGCUCUUCCACUCUAACAUGAAGGUCUCCCUAAGUGAUUCAUCCCUCAGUCUCCUUGACGACAAGAAGUCGGCUACUGGUGGCGAUACGAGCCCAUUUGCGAAGCUGAAACAGAAGGUGACGAGCCUCACUCUGCCUGGAUCUGGAGGAGGAGGGCGGAGUCCGCCUCAGCCACCCCGAGGGAUGGUACGGAAGUCACAGCGUGUGCUUGAGAAUUUCGAGGACCUUGUGAAGCAAAAACUAGGCAAUGCUGAAUGUCAAACAAGGAUUAUUUUCAUAUGAGGUUUAGGGUGUAGUGUAGGUGUCUUGUGUGUACUUAGAACAGUAGGUUGUGAAACUCGGCAUUAGCAGUAGAUCUUAGUGCCACACUUGACUGUCUGUUUACCAGACAAUACUCGCAUAACAUAGUUGUCUCCCUUUGCAUCAGUUACAUGGCAACUAUUUUUUAAUGAUGAGCUUACUAUUUUUCUGUACCUUUUCAAACAACAUUUCUUACUUAGAUAACUUUCAUUGUAUGCCUGAAUUAGAAAUGUAGAGCCUAUGGUUCAAAUGCUUGUCUGAAAUCUCUCAUUUUCAGUAGGUAUAGUUUUGGUAUUCAGUACCACUGGUUUUAUUAGCAUCAAAUCAUAAUCAUUUUAAAAUUGGACCCUUCUCCAGUGUUUAGGGUAGGACAUUGUUGUUGCCUUGAUCUGUCAGUUAGACUCUAGGCACUUGUGUGUCUACCAUGUCUACUGCAUGGCAUGGGGAGGAUGUUCAGAUAGGAGUACCCCUUUAAGGGUGCAAGAUCAGAGUCUUGUUAGGUUUAUAGUGAUGCUGAAAUCAUAUGAUCAGAUCAGAAGUUUAAUGACAACCAUAAGUGUAACAACAGCAGUUACUGUCUAAGAAUAGAUCCAUAAGAAUAUUGCCAGAAUAGUUUGGAGGAACUGGUUUCAUUGUAUUGCAGGGUAAAGACAACAAUGAGCCAGUAAUAGAAUUAGAAAUAACAACUGGACAACUUUUUCUCAAAACUAGUAGCGGUGGGGAGCAGUGCGAUUGGUCUUAGGACUGUUUCAUAUUUUUCUGACACAAUGAUUUUAUGUAGCAUUUUUCCAUAGCCCCCCAUAUGCAUGUCAGUGGCAGAAACUAACAUUUUUGGUCUGCUAGUCCUGUUCAUGAUAACAUAUAGCGGAACCCUUAAAAAUGACAAAUGUCUGCUAGUCCUUAUGAUACCUUCAUGCCCUACCAGUCCCUAAAUAAUGUUCAAUUGUAUUAAUCAUAGAACUAUACGUGUCAUUAUAUCAUGACCCUCCAUAAUCUUACCGGCUCCCCCUCCCCUAUAGUAAAGUACCAGUCCCUAAAUAAUGUUCAAUUGUAUUAAUUAUAGAACUUUACGUGUCAUUAUAUCAUGACCCUCCAUAAUCUCGACGGCUCCCCCUCCCCUAUAGUAAAGUACCAGUCCCUCAAUAAUGUUCAAUUGUAUUAAUUAUAGAACUAUACGUGUCAUUAUAUCAUGACCCUCCAUAAUCUUACCGGCUCCCCCUCCCCUAUAGUAAAGUACCAGUCCCUAAAUAAUGUUCAAUUGUAUUAAUUAUAGAACUUUACGUGUCAUUAUAUCAUGACCCUCCAUAAUCUCGACGGCUCCCCCUCCCCUAUAGUAAAGUACCAGUCCCUCAAUAAUGUUCAAUUGUAUUAAUUAUAGAACUGUACGUGUCAUUAUAUCAUGACCCUCCAUAAUCUCGACGGCUCCCCCUCCCCUAUAGUAAAGUACCAGUCCCUUAAGUAGGAAAAGAUAAUUCCAAGGACUGUGUUCUUGCACCUUUUGAGAAAUGCAUAUUUUAUCUAUUUUGCGAGUUAACACAUAAUACCUCGAUGACAGAUGCUCCCAAGAUGGUUGGUUUAAGGGGAGACUACUGUGAUAUGCACCAUAGGUUGCUGUAGAUUUGAUGUAAAUAUUGGAUUGUAUGCAUGUAGAUUUGCCGUAAUACAAUGUAUUAUUUUGUUAUGUGUAAAUAAUAUAUGUAUAAACAUGACCUGUUGUCCGACUUUGAUCAGAACCUUCUGGCACUGUAGCCUCUCAUCAUGUAAACCCAUGUACUAGGUUCAUAGAAUCUCACAGCUAUUAUGGGGGGACAACACCAGCUACAGCAGAACGCAAGAAGGGCAAGUCUCAGGAAUACAGACAAGAAUUCCUACAAGGAACUAUCAUUGAGUUAUUAACUUCCGACGUGAGAAUUUUGUUUUUUUCAUCAGAAGAAAUGACUUUAUUAAAUGUAGGAUCUACGUUUAACUGUGUUGUCUGUAUAUGUAGUGUCUGUCUGUAUAUUAUGAUUGUAAUCAUAGCUCUGAUCCGAUGUUGUCGACUAUAAUCAUGGUUGGAGAUGUGUUUAGAGUGAGAACUGUUUUUGAGCAUGUAAUGAGGUAAUGCAAGACCUUGCCAUAAUCAUAUCAGUGUGAUCCAAGUCAGGAGAAUCUAGUCGCUUCCUGUAGCAAGUCCAACAAACAUUAACAGCACAUUAGGUGUUUCCGUUUAUUUGCUGGUUUACAAAACCGACCAGCAUUAAGAAAACAGAAAUUUAACCAAAAAUAUAAUUACUUAUGACAAAUUUUAUUUCAGUCACCUGAGCUGGAAUGUGUAUGUAAACUAUACAAUUUAUUAAGAAUUCACUUCAAUAUAUUUUGUGUUUAUGGUGUAUGAAUGCGAAAACUGUGUAUACUGUGUAAAAUCUGCAUAGCAGUAUCCUUUUUGGACUGGUUAUUUAUUCAUUCACACCCAAAAUAGCGUAGACAACAAUAUGACAUCAGUUACAUCAUUCAGAGCAAUAAUGCUGCAUAAGCCCCGCCCAUUCUAGAAUCAGCCAAUCAGGAAACAGUUGUCCAUUAGUGGGCUUAGCAUACUUUCUUGUGGAAAUCUAAACGCAAAAAAAUGUUCUUUGUUAACCAAUCAAAUGUCAUGGAAUCACGUGCGAUUUAUUUAUUAUGGUUUAGAGAUAAGAACAUUACCAUUUACAAACUGACGGCUCCUGAAACUACUUUUGAUUGACACUGCAAUCGCCACAUUAUUUGAUGCUUGUCUGUACAAAGAUGAUGCAUUCUGUUGAAACGGGUGUCAGCCAACACAAAACUCAAUGGCCUGCAAAGUUAAAACUUAUUUGUUUUUCAUCCAUUAAUAGUUCAUUUUGAAGUUGAAAUUUGGUGUUUGUUUUUUUCGAGCACCUACUUUCAAUUUUACUUCAGACAUUUUGUAAAACAGCUAAUAAUAAAUAAUGGCCUUAACUGAUAAAGUUUUCAGUGACAGCAUGAUCACUUAAUUUAUCCAUGCCUACAGUUGAUCAUAAUUGAGAAUAUUGUUGACAUAAUCGUGAAUAUUGUUGACAUAAUUUUGGUUUUAAUCACUUAUGUUAUACUUGUGCAGCUGUGAUGAGAUUUGUUGACAACUAAUAUAUUGACAUCCUAGCCUUUGUAACCAUGGUGACAGAGUAACACCUCCGAUAUACUUCAUGAAUAUGUCACAACUACAUUAUAUCGCUUAGUGUACACUGUCUCUCCCAACCACGCACUACAUACAACAUGAACUGUUUGGCCUCUGAUCAGCCGAGUUCAACAACAUGUGUUAGUCCAAAGUUCAUAUUCCAGGUGAUCUGACCUUUUGAAUGAUAUGUCAUUCAACCUCUAACAGCCACGACUUAAACAACAUGAAUCAAUAAUCAAUAAUGUGAAUAAAAUUUUAAGAAGAUAAAUCUACAGAUUACUAUUAGGAAUGUUUGCAAUAUGAAGACCAGAUACCGGUACUAUUCCAUUCCACACAAGUUAGUCAAUAGUUAAUAUAUUGACUGGUGUUGACAUAAGGGCUCUGACAGAUCCUUGAGUAUAAGUCAGGCUCAGAUGCCUCGAUUCCUACAUCAAGAAAGGGAGAUAACUUUAUCAGGGGAGGUAACUCAACCAGGGGAGAUAACUCAUAUUUUGGUCUUACACAGACAUUGCUGAUAUGGAAGAGAAACUGUACUGUGUCUGGACACAUUUUGACUUAAAUGAUGCUUAGGGAAAAAAAGUCAACCUGUUGAGAGUGUGAUGUUGUUAUUGAAGGUAUUCGAGCCUGGUUGGGUUUUGAAACGCGAGUACAAGUAUUUAUUCUUCCUGUCAGAGCCCCAGGACACUGUGUUUUAGUUCUCAGUUUCACUUUCAUUUGUUGCAUUUUAGGCCUAACUGUGAUAUUGUCUUAUGUUUACCUAUGUUUGUGCCAGUCUUGACCCGCUUGUGUCAACAGUAGAGAGACUGAAUACUGUGUGCACAUCCGUUGUCAUUUGUUUGCUAAUUAGGAGAGCGGUUCUUUUGUGAAGCAAGUCUGUCACAUGACAUGUUCAUUAUCAUGACCAUAUUUGCUAUGUAGAAAAAAGUAUCAAAGUUAGCCACUUUGUGAAGACACGACGUGAGUGUGAGUAAGCAUCCUACUGGUUAUAGAGCCAGGCUGUCACUGUCCACACUUCGUAUCUUCUAAGGCUGUCUGUAUUAUUUGUGUUUCUCAACACAAAGAUAAGAAAAACUUUUAUAUGUGCACCUUUCACCUACCGGGAUAUGUAUCUUCUUGCUCUGCAAAACAAACAAAGGUCCUGUUUCAUAAGUACUUACUGUAUUUUUUGUCAAAAGGAUAUUUUAAGAAGGGAAGUAAUUCUGUCUAUAGUUGCUUUCAUUCCAUCUUGUAAGUUUUUAAGAUUUCCCAUCUUUGAACUGUCAACAAUAUGGCAACUGUUGCACUUUAAGUGUAGCACAGUAUUGUUGUUAUGAGCACAUGCUAAAAUAUUCAAUAUUCAUAACCAGGUUUGAUCCCUUGAGGUCAACAUUCAAUUCGUGACAUUUAAAUUUUUUAAACAAAAAUUCAUAUAAGGCAGCAUGAAAAACACAAGUAUUCUUCUUCACUUUUGAUAGGGAUAUUUUUAUCUUUCCAUGAUACAAAAACUGAUUCAUAAUGUCAAGUGUAUAUUUAAAUAGAAUGACAUAGCUGAUUAUCCCUAUCAAAAGUUGAGUAGUAUAAUAUGGACAGCCUUGUAGAGUAGCUGUACAGUCUAGGACAGAUAUAGCUUCACAUUAUAUAGGACAGGGCAUUUUGUUUUACAGGCAGUUAUGUAUUUGUUGAUAAUGUGCAAAUAGAACAAUGCAAUAUACAGGUCACAUCCUACAUGUUCGCAGAGUUGUUUAAAAAAGUUGAAAUGGAACAUGGAAGUGGAUUAACUCAAGUCUAUAUUUCUUGGAGGAAAAACGAUAUGAUACCAGGAGACCAGUGAACUCAAAUGCCUUACAAAUAUUAGGACAACGUAACUUUAUUCUGUCAAAAUCAUUUUCAGUAUUAUGGUCUAAUAUCGACCGUCCUUUUGUUUUGAACUAAAAGCCUUACAUUAUUUAUAAGUUGGUUUUGCAAAUAUGUUGGCCAAAAAGUCAAUGUAGAUGUUAAAUUUUGUUUUAAAAUUUCAACUUCCAGAUAAGUACUGCUUCUAAUCAUUGGAAAUAAAUUUGUAGGUCACACCAUCACGACAGUACGAUUGUGAAAUGGUACAGAAAGAUAAUUGGUUGGUUUUUUUCCAUUGGAAUAAAGAUUUUUAUGCAUUUUUUUUUCAUGUUUUCAAUGCUGUUUCAAUUUUAAAAAGAAAUGUACACAAAUUUCACAAAUCACCAAUCUGAUAGCUGCUGGGGCUGGUUGUAUUUUAACUCUCAAGGAAUGCAGAAUGAGUUGUAGUUUUGAAACAGACGUGGCCUUUUCAAGUCAUUUAGCUUGCUAUAACCCUUAGAUAUAGAUAGUCUAUUUACACCUGCCUAUGUUGCUUUCAGUGCUUGCAAUAUGUGUAUUUUGCUCAACCAUUUGGCUUGCAUUUAUUUGUUUAUGCUAAGAUUUAUUUGUAUUUUGCCAAAAUUUAUUUUUGAAUUUUGAGUGGAGAGUACUAUGUUUUGCUGAUCAGGUUGAAUACUUCUGUAGAUGGUUCUCAGGCAAGGAAUGGUUGAACUGUAUCUUCUUCAGUGAUGCCGAGCCUAGUUUGAGGCAAUUAAUAAUAUCUGGUAUAACUGGCGUGUAAAAUUAGUAAUUUAAGAAAACUUAGUCAUCCUUAUAUUUAAUAUUUUGGGGGAUGUUUUUAUGAAAACUUGAAAUUUCUGAAAAUCUGUAAACCUUCCCAGCACACACUAAUACAUGUGGUUAUUAAUCCGUUGUAUAUGUGACAAUGAAAGGUCAAUAUCUGGUUCUAUUUACAGGUGAUAUUUUUUGGACAAAAUUCAUACGUUUCACUAAAUCGUAUUGGCGAAAUCUGGUUCAAAAUAUCGUAAUGAUUCUGCCAAAAUAAAAAUGUUUGGCAUCUCUGCAUAAUUUGUUUGAUGUGAAAAGUUCACAACCAGAAAUCAGAAUUUUUAAAUAUGAUUUUUUAGGUUAUAGAGAUGCUGCCAUGAGAGAAUGUUUACCAUACAUACUACCCUAUAUGACUGUAGAUAAGCUGAUCUCAGGUAAGCCAAGGUGUUAACUUGACCCUUGAAAUAUGUAUGAGCAUGAUAUGCUCCGUACAUAAGCCGGACCAGGAAGUGAAAGACAACGACACACUGCCAAGUUGGAUGGCAAGACUACUGGUACUUGCAAAUAUUCAUGUAUAUACAAUGAAAAAUAUUUAAUAAAAAAGUCAUUAUAAUUUCUAAUAAAGAUUUAACAAUCUGGUCCUCAAAAUUCGGCUUAUCUACGGUCAUUUACGGUACUCCAGAGAAGUUAAGAACCAUGUGAUUCUUUCCUAGUAUAAUAUGUAAUAUGUACUUGUGUAGGGUAAUAUGAAGGAAUGUGCCAAGACAUUAACCAUAGUGAUAUGCAAGAUUCAGGUGGUCCCUAAGUUCUUUGGUGUGGUAUAACAGCCGUUACCUUAUAGAAUUGUUACUGUAGUCUGAUAUGUGCUGUAAUUGUUUCACAAACUAAGACUUCUGUGUACCAAUUAAAUGAUAACCUAUGAUUGAUCCAUGUGGAAACUGUGGGUGCAUGCUUGAUAUUGUCCAUCGUUUAGUUGGAGAAUUAUCUUUUUAAAGCAUCCUUUCAAUGAAUAUCAUGUUUAAUUAGGCCUUUUUUAACGACUUUGUCAGAAACAAGGCAAAGUUAUAAACUGGCAAGAAUAUAUGAGUGAGCUCUUAAAAAUAUGGUCUCUACAGUGAAGUUAAACCUGAAAUAUUUAAAGAUGUCUCGAGAAAAUGACAAGUUUAAAUGUUACUUUUAUAUUGAUUUACUUAGAAGAAUUUUCUUGUUAAAACUAAAGGCAGUUCUUCAAAGCUUAAUUGUUUUCCCUUCUGCAAAAUGUUAGGUCGGCAAUCUCAUUGAUGACAUUCAUUGAUCAAUUUGUUUGUUUGUUUGUUGUUUAGUGCUGCACUCAGCAAUAUCCCAGCCAUGUGAUGGCGGUCUGUAAAUGAUUGUGUCUGGGCCAGACAAUCCAGUGAUUGACAUUAUGAAC